UCGCAGCGCGGCGGCGGGGCAUGCCCAGGGCACCGGGCACGGCCUUCAAUGGGCGAGGACACGGACGCGCGGAAACUUAACCACAGCUUCCUGCGGGACCACAGCUAUGUGACCGAAGCUGACAUCAUUUCCACUGUCGAGUUCAACCACACCGGGGAGCUGCUGGCCACAGGGGACAAGGGUGGCCGGGUCGUCAUCUUCCAGAGGGAGCCAGAGAGCAAAAAUGCGCCCCACAGCCAGGGUGAAUAUGAUGUCUACAGCACCUUCCAGAGCCAUGAACCCGAGUUCGAUUAUCUCAAGAGUCUGGAGAUAGAGGAGAAAAUCAACAAGAUCAAAUGGCUGCCACAGCAGAAUGCUGCCCAUUCCCUACUGUCCACCAACGAUAAAACUAUCAAAUUAUGGAAGAUUACUGAGCGAGAUAAAAGACCUGAAGGCUAUAACCUAAAAGACGAGGAAGGCAAGCUGAAGGACCUGUCCACGGUGACCUCUCUGCAGGUGCCAGUGCUGAAGCCCAUGGACCUGAUGGUGGAGGUGAGCCCACGGAGGGUCUUUGCCAAUGGACACACCUACCACAUCAACUCCAUCUCUGUCAACAGCGACUGCGAGACCUACAUGUCGGCUGACGACUUGCGCAUCAACCUGUGGCACUUGGCUGUCACUGACCGCAGCUUCAACAUUGUGGACAUCAAGCCGGCCAACAUGGAGGACCUGACGGAGGUCAUCACGGCCUCGGAGUUCCACCCGCAUCACUGCAACCUGUUCGUCUACAGCAGCAGCAAGGGCUCCCUGCGCCUCUGUGACAUGCGGGCUGCCGCCCUGUGUGACCAGCACGCCAAGCUCUUUGAGGAGCCUGAGGACCCCAGUAACCGCUCCUUCUUCUCAGAGAUCAUCUCCUCAGUGUCAGAUGUUAAGUUCAGCCACAGUGGCCGGUACAUGCUCACUCGGGACUACCUCACCGUCAAGGUCUGGGACCUGAACAUGGAGGCGAGGCCCAUUGAGACCUACCAGGUGCACGACUACCUUCGCAGCAAGCUCUGCUCCCUGUACGAGAAUGACUGCAUCUUCGACAAGUUCGAGUGCGCCUGGAACGGAAGUGACAGCGUCAUCAUGACUGGGGCCUACAACAACUUCUUCCGCAUGUUCGACCGUAACACAAAGCGGGACGUGACCCUGGAGGCCUCGCGGGAGAGCAGUAAGCCCCGCGCUGUCCUCAAGCCGCGGCGCGUGUGCGCAGGGGGCAAGAGGCGGCGUGAUGACAUCAGCGUGGACAGCCUGGACUUCACCAAGAAGAUCCUGCACACGGCGUGGCACCCAGCUGAGAACAUCAUCGCCAUCGCGGCCACCAACAACCUGUAUAUCUUCCAGGACAAGGUCAACGCCGAGAUGCAGUAGGUGGCAGA